AUGACAGUGUCAUUGUCUCGCGUGCUUCAGUCAGAGAUGAUCCUCAUGUGGGUCUACAUUGCAGGCCUGGGAUCCUUCACCUUCUCUCAGCAGAAGCUGGACGUAGGCAACAAGUUUGUUUUGAUCCAGCGCCCCAUCUUCCUGCUCUCUGAGAAGCUGUCCCAGUCACACGGCCUCAAGCAGGUCAAACCGCUGUCUGCAGCAGGGGACGUGCCACUGGUCCAGCUCAACUUCACAGCCCUGUCUGUGGAGAGCCCGUUUGAGCGUCACGUGGUGGAGGGCUGUGUGAGAGAGACUCUGCUGGUGUUGCUGAGAGCCGUGGCCGCCGGACGCUCAGUCCUCUUCACCUUCCACGCCAUCGGAGAGCUGUUGUUCUGCCAGAGCAAAGUCAAGAUGAAGUUCUACCACGACUUUGUCACCGCCUUGGACGGCAGCGGGAAGCUGCUCUUGGCGCUCUCCAAUAGACCUGGCACCAGCAACUCUGUCCUGUUUGAGAGAUCCAGCAUAACGAGGACCAGCAACACCAUCAUCCUCCCCAGGAUCUCUUCCGAACAGGGGGGGAAGGACUGGGGAGAGGAGGCCCUGGCCCAGGUCCAGACAGACUCAGACAGGAAGGAGAAGAAUAGAGAAUCCCUGGUGACUCCGCAGUCCAGAUCCAGACACACCCUGCACCCAGCCAAGGUCAACGGGAUCAGUCUCACUGAUGACCUGGAGCCCAGACCUCCAGCGGAGACCAACACUGACAGGUCCACAGUGUCUAUCCUACCACUGGAGGGCGCUGCUCUGAAGGAGGGGAAGGUGAAGAGGGGGGACUCUCACCUGGACAUGCCCUGUGUCAACCACAACAGGGCUGGACAGGAGUUGUGUUACCUGUGCAUGCAGCGGGCCCAGUGUAACAUCCCCCACUACCUGGCAGAGGAGAGGCUGACAGAACAGCAGGAGGAGGAGAGGGUGUUACAGUUCAACGAGCAGCGCAGAGACCAGUACUACCUACAGAGGGAGCAGGCGGACCGUCUGGAGAUACGUGAGAACAACCAGAAGGUGGCAGCGUUCAACCUGGCAGUGUCUGAAGCCAUGAAGGCGAAGAAGGUUGCUCGCUCCUCCCACUUCCAUGGUUCGUACAUCUUCAGGGGUCGUCCCCUCACCCCUCCCAGGGUUCAUAAGCAGCGCGGCUACAUGCAGGAUCUGCGGGCCCAGGCGGAGUGGAGGAAGGGCCAGGUCAGCCAGACUCAGCAGGACCAGCAGCUCAUCGACCUGCUACAACAGGUCCAGCUGGCACAGGAAAUCGCCUUGCAAAAGUCCCAGCAUCUCCACCUGAGACAGAAGAACACUAGCUGCUACAAGAAAGCCCUGGAUACACAGGUGGAAACAGAGAAGGGCAAGCAGAAGGCCAAGGGAGAUAGGAGAGUGAUGUUCCCGCCCAUCCAGGGACAGACAGCACCAGGAGACGACUCAGAGCAGGUGGAAUACCAGGGCUCGGGCCUCCCAGCACGCCUGCCCGACUCGGACGGCCCUGUGUUUGGCCAGCUGGACUGUACCCCUGCUGGGCUGUCAGAGCAGAGGCAGCGGGCGGAGAAGGUAUACCAGGAACAGCUGACCACGGCUAAUAACAAGAGAAAAGAGCUGCUCCUUAACCGCAGCACCAAACAGAAGAACGAGAGAGAGAUGCUCAACAGGAACAGGAAGGAACUGAUAAACGACCACAUCAACCGCUUUGAGAAGCUGCGUAACCUGAGGGCCUCGUUGGAGGACACCUGGAGACGCAGCGCCGACCUGAAACGCCACCGAGACAGAGAGGAGAAGGAAUUCAUCAAGUCUGGGAGCAGUCUUCUGAUUGACCAGUGUGAGCAGUACCGCCGCUGUUACCAGUGCAAGAGGAAGACAGAGAACUGUGGAGAGACAAACAUCUGGAAAGAGUCUCACUACAUCCCUGGCUCUCGUCUCAUGGUGUAGACCGCUGAAACCUGGUCUCAGAGCAAACGUAGCCAUGCCACUCCAUUUAGUAUGAUAUGUUACUUUACAUUAGAUUACAUUACAUUGGCUUACCAACGUAAUAGCGGUCGUACAAUAUAAUACGAAUUGUAGGACGUAUCCUACGUCUUGAUCGCACCAGUAUCAUUUCCUAUGAUAUCAC